CUUCGAAAUUAAUUUGGAAUCAAAUAUGGCGAAAUGUUUGUGAAAUUGUAUUACAUAUUUUAACCAUGGCUUGGCUGUGUUAUAAUCAUGGAGAAUUACUAAAAUAAGAAUGCAUUGGAUAUAUUCCAACUAUGGAUUCUAUAAAAACUGCCAAGGUUAGUUUAAAAAUAUUUAGAUGCAUGUAUACGUGUCAUGCCAGCCACCGACACGGCGACACAGCUUGAUAAAAAUAUUCAGGUAGGGGCAUUGAAAUGUCGAAUAAGGGUUGACGAUUGUGAGGUUAAUGAAUAUUCACGCAGACAUUGGUAUGAUGUGUACUUUUCAUAUGCAAAUAUAGAGUAGUAGUGUAUAAAAUACUGUACCUGUUGUCAAUAAAAAAUAUAAUUUGGGACUGCCGACUUCAACUACUGUUUACAGAAAAUGUUAACCCAAACAAUGAUUGAGGAUCUAGUGCCUUUCUGGUCAGCAUUUUUAAUACAAUUUAUGCCAGUGUAGUGUACGUAUGCUGAAAAAAUGGCCAACAUUAGAAUGUAUACCAUAAACUAUUGCUAUAAUAUGUGAGUGCCAGAAAACUAUCAACAUUGCAAUGUUUACUGAGAUCACUUGCUCGAACACUCGCUUCCACUUCAACUGGCCUUGCUCGCAUAUUCCACCCAAAAGUGUGUAGGGUUUGAGUUCAGUGAUGCUCGAUCAUGACUGACAAGCAAUGGGUUGUUCCAGAAAAGAUCCACACAGUGUACUGGAUCUUUUCUGGAACAACCCACCACACUCCCCUUAUGGAGGAAAUUUCUGAUAAUAGUAAGUGUAUUAUUUAGGACAUCCAAAAGAGUGUAGUGGGGGGUGUUAACUUCCAAUUUCUGCAAUUUCCUUCAUUGGGGAAGUAUGGAAUAAUCCCAGGUUGACAAUCUUGCCAAGAUCCCGGCAAGAUCUUGACAAGAUCCAGGGUCCGAAUUAACGCUUCGCAAAUCGCAAAAUGCGAAGCGAUUUUGAGUAUUGCGUAAAAUUGUGAAACAAUUUUUCUAAAAGUUGCGAAGCUUCUUUAGUAAUGCUUGAUAUCCAGCUUUCUUGGAACAUUUCACUGGAAUGUCUCGGACAUUUGUGUGGAGCAUCUCACUUUUCAGUUCUGCGUGUGUGCUUCAGACUAAAGUGCUUUGACAAAUGCGACGUGUUAGGUUGACAUCAUAGCUGUCAACUCGAGAGUGGAAAAAUAGCAUUUCAAGUUCAACGGUAAGAACGACAAUUCAUUGUUUGUUUAGCCAUUUGGUUCACUGUUAAUUUAAAGUUAUAUAACUUGCAUCUUAGCAUUUUAAAGAAGAUGGCUUAUGAUAGAAAUCAUAGAAUUUUAAACGUGCAUAAUUCGUAAUCGCGAGGGCCAUGCCCCAUUGUGAAUUAUCCCUACGUUUAAGAUCUACUUGACAUAAAUACAGCAAUUCCUUGACUUCACCAAAGUUUAUUGAUUGAAAUUUAGUGUUGUUAAGGUUGCUUUCCAGUUAUGCAUUUUUCAUAUGCGUGCGUACACGCAUGGAAAAGUUUAAAUCCAUUUAAAAGUUUCUUAUGAAAUAAUUAAAUGAAUAAAAGGCCAGCAUUUAGUUUUGUGAAUUAUUUAAAGCCUAUUUGUUGAGGUAGUUAGUACUUAAAUAAAAUUUAGAAAGAUUUAAACUUUUCCAUAUGACAUACGUAUGUGAAAACAUAACGUUUUGACAUUCAGCACAUGGUAUAACAUAAUUUGCUAAUUGCUUCGAUACUUGUCACAGGUUGCCUAAAUGUUUAUACAAUUGCGAGAGCAAGCAUAUUAAUUUGUUAGAAUGUAGCGCUUUUGAUUGCAAUUAUGUUCUAAAUGCCUUAGGCUUAGGCGCUUAGCAAAUUCAUUGCAUGCUCGCACAUUCCUGUUCGGCUUUUUGUGAUGCCCAAAAAAUUUUUCAAAAAAAUCCGAAGUGUUUUUUAGCAGUAAUUCGGACCCUGAGAUCUUACCAAAAUCCUGCCAAAAUCUUACAUAAAUCCUGCAAGAUCAUGGAAAGAUUUCCAAGUUCUUACAGGAUCUUACCUAAGAUCUUGCAGGAUCUUGCAAGAUCUUGCCAUGAUCCUGCAAGAUCUUACCAAAAAUCCUGCAAGAUCUUGCCAUGACCCUGCAAGAUCUUACAAAAAAUCCUGCAAGAUCUUGCCAAGAUCUUGCCAUGAUCCUGCAAGAUCUUACCAAAAAUCCUGCAAGAUCUUGCCAUGAUCCUGCAAGAUCUUACCAAAAAUCCUGCAAGACCUUGCCAUGAUCCUGCAAGAUCUUACCAAAAAUCCUGCAAGAUCUUGCCAUGAUCCUGCAAGAUCUUACCAAAAAUUCAGCAAGAUCUUGCCAUGAUCCUGCAAGAUCUUACCCAAGAUGUUGCCAAGAUCUUACAUAAAUCCUGCAAGAUCAUGGAAAGAUCUUGCAGGAUCUUGCAAGAUCUUUCCAAGUUCUUACAGGACUUACCUAAGAUCUUACAGGAUCUUGCCAGAUCUUGCCAUGAUCCUGCAAGAUCUUACCAAAAAUCCUGCAAGAUUUUGCCAUGACCCUGCAAGAUCUUACCCAAGAUCUUGCCAAGAUACAAACUGUACAACGUCAAUUAAUGCAUAUAGGACCGCUCUUUACUAUAAUUUUUAUUUACCUGUAUUCAAUAUUCUUCAAAAUAUGAAGUCUGGCAUCAUGCUUUACUUCGAAUGUACUGUUUUUCAAUAUUUUCUUUCGUUUUCGAACUAGAAUAAAUAAUUAUCUUGCUCAUACGAAAUAAAUAUUUUAUGACGAACAUUACAAAUGAAACACCAAAUACCGCGUGGUUGUGAAUAUUUACAUUAUUUCAGGGCGCCAGUAAAUUUGCCAAAAGUACCACUUUUCUCAAUGCCGUACUUACUGUUGUAUAUUCCAGCGAGGACAUUUACUGUACGCACGUUCAAGUCUGUGGUUACUAGGGAACUUAGCCAUGCAUUUUUUAUAUAAAUUAUAUUAAAAUUGCCCACACAAUAUUCUUUGCUAGGCCAUGAAACCAUAUCCGUAAAUGCGGCGGAAUACGUAGAGGGGCAGGAGUGUAAACUGCCGUGUACCUUGUAUGUUUGACGUAUAUGACCCAAUUAAAAUUUAUAGUUACCGAACACAACAUUGUCUUUUAAACAUUUUCGUCAAAAACAGCCAUAUGACCAUAUCAUUGACAUUGAAAAGACCAACCCAAAUAUUAAGCAAAAACACAGUCCAUGCACAAACAGGGAAUGCUGAGGGGACUCUUCUUGGUGUAAAGUGAAUUCUCCACUGGAGGGCAUGCUGCCAAGCAAAUUUUAAAAAUUACAAGCCCUAAAAAUGCAUUUAGUACAUACAGCCAUUUCUCACAGUAAUCUGAAAUAUUGAAUAUUAAAGAUUCUGAACAAAUAUUUCACUUCCUCUCCAGAAUAUUUAUAACUAUAAAUCAUCAAAUCUCCAAUGAUGGAAUGUUCUUAUCAAAUUUCUUCUAGACUAAAAUACAUAUUUAACAUUUUGUUUGGGUCAAUGGAUAAUUGGCUUUUCUAAAUUUGCUCGCAGCUCACAUCAGAAUGCAGGUCCACUCGCAGCUCGCACCUGAUCAAUGCAAAUCACUUGCAGCUAUGCGUAGGGAACUUGAUACAUGUUUUCCAACAUGAAAGAUCGAUCAAAAUUUAUUUUGUAUAUUUUACUUUUAUAUUAUACACAUACAUAUACAUAUACUGUAGUACAUUACAAUGAGGCAUUGACAAGGUACACUAAUUUAUAUUGUACUGCACUUCACCUUGCAUUAUUUACUAAUGAGAGCAAGGUUCCAAGACCAAAAAGUACUGUAUGUGUGACGUAAUUAUCGGAAGGGUGUAUUGUUCUCAGUCAAAUACCACAUGAGUAUACGUAAAUACAUGAUUCUCACUAUCUGCAAACUUACCUUUUGCUGGAACCAUAUUAUAUGAGCAGUAAACUUCCCAACGUAUUCAAACCAUAAAUAAGCACUGGUAUAUAAUGUAAGUCUGACAUAUACUUGGCACAAGACAUAAUUGGACUGAUGGGAGUAAGGAACCAUACUGGAAAGUUGUAUGUUAAUAUUGAAUACAAAUUUAGUUUAUUUUAUAUGCCUGGUUGGUGUACAUGAAAGGUUAUUUAUGGAAGAACAACAGGAUUUAUAACAUUUUUAUCUAUUUGACUGGUCUACAAAAGUCAGAAAACAAUUGGCUAGCAUAAUCUUUGGUGUAGAGGGAAUGAACUCUUCACUAUGGCUAAUUGUAGUGUUCAACUGUAUGUGUUUGUGUAUGCAAUUGUGCUACUUGUUCUGACUCAUACUGUGUGUUAGGCCACUGAAUUAUGAACACAUUUUAGAAACCUGACGUGUAUACUUUAUACUUUAUGAACUUAAUUACACAACAACACUUAAGACAUGAAGUACUGUACAUAUACGCAGUAGCUUUCUACACUUCCAACUCCCUCAAAAGGAUAAUUUAUUAAUGGCCUGCCCCAUAUAAUUACUGUGACCUGGUCUUUCAGUAUAUAGCAGAAAAGAGACUGGGACUGAUAUAUCCCCCCACCAGAAAGAGGUGUGUCCAAAUUAGGUGAAUUUAAAGGAUUCUUGGCUUAUUGCCAAAGAUUGUAGCUCGAAUGAAAAAUAGUCAACAUUUGGAUUAUAACUGGUUACUAAAAUUGUUUUGUUAAAAGAUUAGUAAGACUGGUCGUAGCUUAAAGUUGUUUUUUGUCUUCGUUUAAAAGUUUCUCAGCAGCUGGUUUUUAACUAAACCUGCUGACAGUUAACCACGUGGCCGUAUGUUUAUCUAAAGUGGGUUUUAUAUGCACUUUCAACUUGUUCCAAGUAAACAUACUGUUAAUAGCUAAUGAGAUAUUGGAGCCAAGGAAAAAUUAGUAUUGGUAGACGAAUAGUGCUCUUUUAUCUAAAACCACAGAAUAGCCAUAGGGAACAGGGUUCGAAUUAGAAAGAAAAAGUCGACUCACAAUUUUUUUAAUUUGCGAAUUUUGAAAUUCUUGCCCCUAAAAAUUAUAUCCGCCCCUUUCCAGAAAACUUGCUUUAAAAGACAGUAUAUUGUUAACAAUUUACUAUAAGUGAACAAAAAAUUGGCGCUUUGUGUAGCCAAUGGUUGUUAAAUCACGAGAAAGUGGGAUUUUAUGUUCGCGAUGGCGAAAACCACUGAUUGGCGUUCCAGGACGGGAAACCACUGAUUGGCGUCCCAGGACGGGAUUGGUAUUUUAUGUUCACAAUUGGUGUCCCAGACCCUGUCAAGCUUGUAAACACACUAAUACACUGCCCGAAUUUGAUCCUACCAUACCACCCUGAUAGUGAUCAGAAAUAACCUACAGUAUAACAGAAAACGCAUACGGAAUGUGUUCCAUUUCGUGUUCGUCUACACUCAUCACCACCAUCCUCUUAUAUGCAGGGAAGAAAUCCUUAGAUCACUCUAGGUCUAGUGAGUUGUCCGUUUCCAUCAUUAGUGCAUCGUGUAUUGCCCCUGUCCAUCUACAUCUUCACAUUACAGAAACUUAAAAUGAACUGCUAAUUAUUGCUGAAUGCAAAAAGCAUGCACUCUAAAAACACCCUGGUUAAAAAAUUCUAAAAUUAAAAAAAAUCUAAAUUUAACCCUGCUUGGGGGUAACUUAAUGUUCCUCGUUAAAUUUCCUGGUUAAUUUAACCACAGUCCUGGUUAAUUCAAGGAUUCCUUGUUAAUAAUCCACUUAGCACAAUCUCCUUGUAUAUUUGGGGCAACAGACGGACUGGUUCUACUCGGGUGUAUUUGAUAAUUCUGUAGAUACACAAAGUCAGGAAUUAUUGAAUAAGAUCUUGAAUAUUGUUGAUAACUCUGUGCCAACUAUUAAGCUAAAAACUACGAAGGAAGGAAUUCCAAUUAAGAAAGCGCCAUGGGAAUGCUCUAGACUUCAGCAUUCUAGGAAAGCAAAAGAUAAAGCUUGGCACUGUUUUGAUACGUCCCCCACACAUUACAAUCUUAUGUCUGCUAUUGAGGCUCAAGAUCAAUAUAAGACUAUAGAACGGGAAAGUAAGGAAAGUUAUGAGAUAAAAUUGGCUAAAGGAAUAAAAUACAAUUCUAAGCAGUUCUAUGCAUACUUACGUAGUAAGAAAAAGUCCAAUCCUACUGUAUCUAAGUUCAAAAAGCCUAAUGGAGAAUUUACAACUAGUGUAAAGGAGUCUGCUGAUUUGCUUGUCAAAUCUUUUGCAACUGUUUUUACAAACGAGACUUCACUCACUCGCGAUUGUAACAUGGAUAUUAUCGCUGUUAAACAAAUUGAUCCACUAAUAAUUAGUGACUAUGAUGUGAAAAAUGAGCUGCUGGCUCUAGAUGUCUCAAAGUGUGCUGGGCCAGAUGGAGUUCAUCCAAAAAUUGUUAGAAUUUUAGCGGGAAAUGAUAAUUUUGUGAGUGCCGUAACAGCUUUAUAUAGAUCUAUUUCAGACGUCAGACAAUUCCCAGAAGCUUGGAAGAGAGCAAUUAUAAUUGCAUUACAUAAAAUGGGGCAUUUAGUGAUGCUGGAAAUUAUCGACCAAUUUCUCUAACUUGCAUCCUAUGUAAAGUGUAUGAAAAGCUUUUGUUUAAACAUCUGUACAGUCAUGUUAAGGGAUUUAUUAGUCGGAAUCAGCAUGGGUUUAUGGAAGGGAAGUCUUGUCUCUCUAACUUGUUGGAAUCACUACAAUAUAUUAUCACGUUUUUGGAUAGUGAAGAUCCUGUUGAUCUUAUAUAUUUGGAUUUUCAAAAAGCUUUUGAUAAGGUUGCACACGAAAGAUUGUUGUUAAAGUUAGAAAGUUACGGAAUUACUGGGCAGGUUCAUGACAUUAUAAGGAACUUCCUGACAGGUAGAUCAAUGGCAGUACGUGUGGGAGAUCAUAUUUCAUCAUGGGAGCCUGUUACUUCUGGAGUCCCCCAAGGGUCUGUUUUGGGACCCUUGUUAUUUAUAUUAUUUAUUAAUGACAUGCCACAAGUUACUAAAUUUAAUACUGUGCUUUUCGCUGAUGAUUCCAAAGUUAUUGGUAAUGCAUAUUAUCCGGAAGAUAUUCAAACAGACAUUGACUGUCUCAGUAGGUGGUCAGAAAUAUGGCAGAUGAAAUUUAAUGUGGAAAAGUGUGGUGUACUUCACAUCGGAGAGAGCAAUCCGCAACAUGGCUAUACAUUGGAUGGUAUUCAACUAAAAAGUGUACAGAAAGAAAAGGAUUUGGGGGUAACCUGGUCUGCCGGGAAGUCCUUAUUUGAUGAUCAUAUUCGAGAAGGAAUCGGAAAGGCCAAGAGGAUGAUUGCCUGGUUAAUAAGAAAUUUUGUAUCUCGUAAACAUGAAGUGUUGGUUCCUCUUUACAAGGCCUUUGUGAGGCCCCAUCUGGAGUAUUGUGUGCAAGUUUGGUCCCCAGUAGCAAAGCAUGGUAAUUGGGGUAUAAUUAUGGCAAUUGAAAAAUGUCAAAGGGAUUUUACUAGAAUAAUUCAUGGUAUGGGUUUUCUCAGCUAUAGUGAGAGACUUCAAAAGCUGGGACUGACAACACUUCUCGAACGUAGAAUGCGGGGUGAUCUUAUUGAAGCAUACAAGAUUAUUAACGGACAUGUUAACUAUGGCCAUCAAAUGUUUAACCAUAAUUUGCAUUAUAGUACUCGUAAUUUAUGCAAUGUAUCAUCCUGUAGGACCAGAUUUGCGUUAGAUUGUUUUAGCGUAAGAGUAAUUAAGUAUUGGAACAAUUUACCAAACUCUGUUAAGUAUGCACCUAGUGUAAACGCCUUUAAGGCAGGACUUGAUGAUCUAAAAAGUUAUAACCCGGAUUCUCGUCACGGAUAUUGGUAUUUAUCGCAAGAAAUCUUUAACAGAAUUCCGGAUAAGAAUGACCAUGUUACUUAUCUUAAAUUGCAUCCAGAGGUUGCUAUGCGAAGAAUAUUUCUUGUUUCUAAUUUUUAACAAUUGUAAUAUAUAUUACUGUAAGAUUUAUAUUUCUGUAAUUUUCUUAGAUGCAUGAGUUGCCCAGGGAGGCAUAAUUAAAUCUUAUCUUAUCUUAUCCUUAAUUCAACCAGAUUACCUGGUUAAAUUAACCAGAAAUCCUGACCAGUUGAAUUAGCCAGGACUAUGAUCAAGUUAUAACCAGGACUACACUUAUGAUCAAAUUAACUAGGACUAUGAUCAAAUUAUAACCAGGACUAUGAUCAAAUUAUAACCAGGACUAUGAUCAAAUUAUAACCAGGACUAUGAUCAAAUUAUAACCAGGACUAUGAUCAAAUUAUAACCAGGACUAUGAUCACAUUAACCAGGACUAUGAUCAAAUUAACCAGGACUAUGAUCAAAUUAACCAGGACUGUGAUCAAAUUAUAACCAGGACUAUGAUCAAAUUAUAACCAGGACUAUGAUCAAAUUAUAACCAGGACUAUGAUCAAAUUAUAACCAGGACUAUGAUCACAUUAACCAGGACUAUGAUCAAAUUAACCAGGACUAUGAUCAAAUUAACCAGGACUGUGAUCAAAUUAUAACCAGGACUAUGAUCAAAUUAUAACCAGGACUAUGAUCAAAUUAUAACCAGGACUAUGAUCAAAUUAUAACCAGGACUAUGAUCAAAUUAUAACCAGGACUAUGAUCAAAUUAACCAGGACUAUGAUCAAAUUAACCAGGACUGUGAUCAAAUUAACCAGGACUAUGAUCAAAUUAACCAGGACUAUGAUCAAAUUAACCAGGACUAUGAUCAAAUUAUAACCAGGACUAUGAUCAAAUUAACCAGGACUAUGAUCAAAUUAUAACCAGGACUAUGAUCAAAUUAACCAGGACUGUGGUUAAAUUAACCAGGGAAUUUAACCAGGUACGUCAAGUUACCCCCAACAGUGUUAAUUUUUGAUUAAGCAAGAAAUUUUUAACCGGUGUCCCAGCAGAUUUGGACCCCUCUCAAAAUGGACCCCCCAAUCCGCUAGCGAAUAUGUGCCUUUGGGGGUCUUUAUUCGCUAGCGGAUUUGGACUCUCCUCGCGAAUUUGGACCCCUCGCGUAUUUUAUCGUUGUAUCGUAUUGUAUUUAGAAUAUUGUAUCAAAGCGUUCUAAAUCGUCUUAAGUCGUCAUAAAUCUCAUCUGAUUUAUUUUGAAAAGCGUACGAAGAUUUGUAGAUUAAAAAAUUCCAUCGAAGCUUAGUUGUUUAUUCCGUCAAAGUUUAUAAUUUAUAAUUUUCCUGCGUUUAUUUCUAUAUAUGAUCUUUGAAUGUGCGAGAAGCGCUUCAUAGAGUAUGGAGAAAAUCAUGGAGUAUGGAGAAAAUCAUGUAGAUUCCUCAAAUUAAAGUUCGUCGUAUACUAAUAUUAGUUCGUCCUAUAUUAAUAUUAGAUUAUUAUAAUCGAUGCGGACAACAAAUGUUAGUAUACUGUAAUGAUAGUUAAGUCCUCAACGUAUUUUACUGAAUUUUAUUUCCGCAGGUGGAAAAUGUUCGCCUUAUAGAUCGACAUCAGAAUCAAAAAGCAACAAGUGGUACAUUAUAUGUGACGGCCACGCAUCUUAUUUUUGUUGAUCCCGCUGGGAAACGUGAAACAUGGGUAAGUAUACCAGAUGUAGUGGCAAAUGUUUGGUUCAGUAAAACGACUGUUUGGUUCAGUAAAACACCUUUUCACUGAGACUUAUAAUCAUACAGUACUUGGCUGAAGAUUGAAGAACGCCAAGGACUGCGUGCUAGUUGUACAGUUACAGAAAGCAUGCAGAAUAAAGGGAACGUGUCCGAUAUUUCAUGAUUGACUUAAGUGAAAGAAAUCUUUACAAUAAAUGCCUUAUAUAUACAGUACCUGUAGUUUUAUAAAUUUGUAGUAACCUUGAGUUGUGAUCAUUGUGCGGUAAGGGUAAAUAUUUUAAAUUUUGGGCAUCUCGUAUUCUCGUCCGAUAGAACACGAUGUUGAAUAACGUUGUCCUUGUGUACAUUGGCUUCACCUUGGUAUACACAUGAACUUGUAGUUAGCUGUGGCAAUCCGAUACUGUAUAGCUCAGUGGUCACUCACGUUUUGGAAUGGAUUAUCGCUCUUGAAGUAGGAUAUUAUAGGUUUAGUUUGUUUUAAGAAGCUUAGGAGAAAUCGUUUAUCUUUAAUCAUCAAUUUAGUCACCAUCCUGUCUUCUGUUAGCUGCAGGCGAUCCAUCGCAGCGUCAAGAAAGGAUAAUUUUUUGUUGUAAAGUUUGUCGUCAACAAAUUAUGUUGCGAUUCGAUUCGCGAGAAAAAAUUCGCCAACAGUAGUAGAAAACGGAAAACGGGUUUUCUGGCAUUAGCGACCUCAUUCGCAGUACUAAUUGAUCUUCUAUAUCUUUCUGUUUCUAGAUCAUUCAUCACCACAUUCAGGUUGUUGAGAAGUUGCCUCUCACGACUGUCGGUUCACCAUUGCGUGUCUCAAGCAAGAAUUUUCUCAAUGUAACUUUCAUUAUUCCCAGAGAGCGUGAGUGUCAAGAUGUGUAUGCCUCGCUUGUGGAACUUUCUACUCCAGGUAUGUGUGCUGCUUCACUGUCUGCAUAUCUCAAAUGCGCGGGUUCACCAGGUGUUACUACAGUAUAAGGCAAGGCGGUCCAUCUGCAAUAUGCAGCAUUUUGAUUGGUUUUUGAGCGAUCGGUAACCUGCGGUACGGAUCGCUCACUGAUCUCAUAGUACAAUGACCGCCUCCCGCUCAAUCAAUAGAGAGGUUAAGAUACCCCGGUUUCGGUGUACGUGUACGGGUAGCAUGAUUUUGGUUAGCAAUAUUUUCGUCUAUGUCUGUACCUUUACUCGUAAUUAAGGUGCACAUUUUUUGCAUUAUAUCAUUGUCUAUUGCAAGAAAACAGAAAAACUAUGAUCGAAUAACAGACAUCAGUAAACCAAGAUGACACUACUCGUACCCGUACACCGAAACCGGGGUAUCUUAACCUCUCUAAUAACAUAUAUGUACAUGCCAUGUUUUCUGCCAUUUACAAUACACCCUUCCGGAAAGUACGUCACUUUGGCUAUGGAGCCUCGUUUAAUUUAAAAUUUAAUUUAAUUUAAAAAUUUAUAUUGCGCGUGUUACAUAGGAAGAUGCUCACUCGCGCAUUACAUCAAAAUAGAAAAUUGGAAUAUUACACUAAUUUAAAAACCGUCCUACAAUAAAUCCAAGAACCUACAGGGCUGCUAUAUAUUACUUGUCCUAAUUAUGACAGCAUGGAGGAAAAUGUCUUGGAGAAAAACGAGGCAAAGGGACGUACUUUCCGGAAGGGUGUAUUGGCUGUUUGGAUAUUGUUUUUCAUCUGUGUAACUACAUACUGUAUGAGAAGCAAGGGAAAAGCUUCAGUGCACUCAUUGUACCUUGAGCCUAAUGUCACAUACACGGAAACGAGGCAAAGGGACGUACUUUCUGGAAGGGUGUAUUGGUUGUUUGGAUAUUGUUUUUCAUCUGUGUAACUAUGAGAAGCAAGGAAAAAGCUUCAGUGCACUCCUUGUACAUAAGAGAAGAAGAGUCAUUUUCUAUACGGUUGACCACCAUCUAAGUUCCUUGAAUGUUUGCAUGGCAAAAAACAGUAUAAUUAUUAUACAGUAUACCAAGUGUCAAAGUUCAUGUUUUCUUGCAUCUCAUUGGAUGAGAGCAUAUCACGUUUAUCCUUUUGAUUUGUGGAAAACACCACGUAUUAUUAUUACAAUAAUAAAUAUGGGGAUAAUACUGACCAGCAUCCGACCCGCUGUAUGCAUGUUAGUGGUCUGUUAAAGCCACCUAUUUCAAGUCACUAUAUAAUUAUAAUAACCGCUUUCUCCUUGCGAAAACGUUAUUUACAAAACCGUUAUUGAGACGUUUGCAGGAACUAUAUUUUUAUUGCUUGUUAAAAGACUAUUUAAAGGAUAGAGAAUUUUAAACUAACAAAGAAAGAAUGUUAAAAUAUACUAGUAGCCAUUUGAUGUAAUGAUGAAUUUUUGGCCAGCAUGCCUGACGAUGAAUUUGCAAUUCUAAACUAAACCAUGACUAUAGCUGUGGCAUCUCUUUUUUAGACAAACUUGAACAACUUUAUGCAUUUUCAUACAACCCACGAGAUGAUAAGAUGAGUAUUUCUGCAGGAUGGGUCUUGUAUGAUCCAGGACUAGAGUUUGGUAGAAUGGAAAUUACUUCAGAUACUUGGGAAGCUUCAGACUUGAACGAAGAAUAUAAAGUAUGUAUUAAAUGAGUUGCUAAAACAUUUUAAUUGAUUCUUCUCAGAAAUACUGUUAAUUUACCUACCACGUAGUACAUUGUUUUUGAAUACAGGAAAAUAUUUGUUUUAUCAUGUGCUUUACAGUAACAGUUUGACUUUCUCUUUGAUUCUAUGACCGUUGCUCUGGUGUUGCCACUUUACUUUUUAUUGCCUUGUUUGUUGCAGCAAAGUUUUUGUUACCCCUCCGCCCUUUCCCCAUCAAUUUUGUUGUAUAUACAUGACCGCAGAGAUACAGACAACUAUUAAUUAUAUAUUUCACUAAAUUAUCACUACUGCGACCUGCCUCGGCAGAAUUGUCAGAAAAUUGUCAGAAAUGACUAAUGCUGUAUUGUUGCUGUGAUAAUACUUCUUACUACCAAGCUUAGUGUAGUCUGGACCAAAAACGGUACCUACUCUACGUCCAAGCACUAAUAGUCUAUCAUUAAUUUGUUUUAUUUGUUUAGCUCUGUGAUACAUACCCAAGAAUUCUAUUCUUGCCUGCGUCGGCUACCAAGGAAACAGCGAUAGGAAGUGCCUUGUUUCGCAGCAGAAAUAGACUUCCUACCCUCUCAUAUUUUCAUAAAGCAACAAAGGUGCGCAAAAUACGUUUCAUUUUAAUCAUUAAUGGGGAAAACCCUGAUCAUUAAUUAGAACUAUUUUUACCCAUCUAAAACCUCAAGAUGGGUUCCUAUAUCCAAACUUUAAAAACUACUGUACCUAUUUAAAGGGAUAAAAAAUAAAAAAAUCUUGUUUGAAAGAAAUUUUAAAAUUAUUUGAAAAAAUCCUUUGACAGCUUUUGAAAUCUUGUUUAGUUUUUGAGCGGAUAUUUCGACCGAAAAGUUGUCUGCCAUUUUGGAUAUUGUGGAUGUUACGUCACAACCAGGAUCACAUAAAUAUUUUACCCAGAUAGGCGACCAAAUUUAUACUUCGGUCACUAUUUCAUAACUGAACACAUUUUAAACAUCUAAUAAUAUACAUAAAAAUAUUACUCGACUGUGAUUGGUUGAUUUCAGUGCAGUUAAUCUCAAACAGCAGUGCAAAAAUCUGUACAGUGUAAGUGAGUUUUUCAAAGACCUCAAAUAGCUCGUCCUUCGCACUCGUGCUAUUUUGAUGCUCUUUGAAAAACUCGCUCGUGCAUGUUUUAUCCAAAUUGCACUCGAAACCAUCCUAUUACUUAAUACACCACUAACUGUUAUUUGGUCACGUAUAAAUCAUGUUCAACACGAGAAAUAAAUCUGGUAUUUCCAAGCGCCCGUGUAUUUUUCUGUUUAUUAUAUAAACAAAAUUGAAAAACAAUAAAACAUCCGUGCCAAUUCGUUUUACAACAAGUUCUCUGAUUGGUGUUUGCAAAAAUGAUAUUUUCACACGUAAAAAUAUCGUGUGUUUAAAUUUUUUACGUGUGUUUAAAUACGAUUUUUCUCAGUGGCCAAAAACUCUAUAUAACACUUAUGUUUAUAUAAUAUAUAGUUUUAUACGGCUAACCCUUCUUAUACCUCACCAAAACGAUCGUUAUUAAGGUCAAAUGAAUCCAAGAUGCCGGACAACUCGUUACCUCAAUGUUUUCAUUCAAAAUACUUCAAGAACGAAGCAACAUGGGAAAAAUCGAUCAAGGAGUUAUAUUAAGUUCUUUCAAAUGCGAUUAUAUAGGUAUUGUCAUUUCCCUUUCUGGUAUUUUAUAAAUUGUACAUUUUAAUUAGGCAGCCAUCUGUCGUUCAAGUCAACCUUUAUCAGGAUUAAACACACGUUCUGUUGAUGACGAGCAAAUGGUUAAUGCUAUUCUCAAGUCAAAUCCAAACGCCAAACAAUUGUACAUUGUGGAUACGAGACCAAAGGUGCAGUAUGUUAGAAAGAAAUACACCCUUCCGGUAGUGGUGCACCGGAACUUGGUUCCGGCUCGUUAGUUCCGGCCGGAACCCCGAUUUUUCAGAGUUCCGGUUCCGGCCGGAACUAAUAAAAAAGCAUGACCGGAACCGGAACUCUAUCGUUUUAAGAGAGAUAGAAUAUCAAACGUUUUUGGAAGAAAUGUGGACUACACAAGGAAAAUGUACACUAUUAACACUUCAUAAUGAUGUUUAACGUUUGUCAAUCUUUUUAUUCUAACAUUUGUGAGCUCUUAACUUGAUGAACUUUCCUUGAGUGUCUGCCUGUCUGGCAGCAGACAAAGUAACAUAUGACUAUAUAUGACUUUGUAAAUCAGUUCCGGUUCCGGCCGGAACUUAAAAAGUGGUUCUGGUACACCCUUACCUUCCGGAAAGUACAUCACUUUGGUUAUAGAGUCUCGUUUUUGUGAUCGAGCUGUGUGGAUUUAACUACUGUAAUCUCACGUACACGAAAACGAGGCUGUGUAGUCAAAACGACGUACUCUCUGCAAUGGUGUAUUUGUUUUAUCGGUAUCUUGCGUGUAUGAACAUUGCCAUUUAGAGUUAAGCGGUUGGGAAUAUUUGGGGUCAUGUAAGUACUGUGUCUAUAUAUGCGUAAUAUACGAUUAUUGAAGCCAGAAAUUUAAACAUGAAAUAGAGAAUACAAAUUUAUUUGAAAGUAUGCUAAAUCAGUAAAACCAACGUAAUUUAUAUAUGUUAGAAACAAUGUUUAGCCAUUUUUGACAUAUUCGUAUUAUUCCUUUUGAUAGUUAGCGUAUAGUAUGGUAACGUAGAGAAGCUCUCGUCUCGCUAAAUUUUGCGCGAAGGGACCGCCUUUAGCAAUCGUCGUAAGGGUUUUCACGCCGAUAUCUUUCAGACUUUUGCCUACCUUGAGAAGCUGGAUUAAUGUAGCGCCUUAUACGUAAUGACGUGUUGUAAAAUCAGUCACAUGCCAACACUGGGGUCAGAGUAAUCGCCUUUCACCUCGGAUAUUGUGGCUUCGAUUCUCGCUACGGACUCAUGUGAGUCACCGGAAGAGUCUGUCAACGCUCUGCCGAAUGUCGUGGGUUUUCUCUCCGGUUUCCUCCCACAAGAAAAGUUGACGGGGUGGGUUAGGAUAAACACAGUUAGGAAUGUAAUAUCACAGUUGUUGUAAAGAUAUAUACUCUAGGCUAAGUAGGGAAUAUAAGUAACCGUAAUACUUGAUGUACAGUCGCUUUCAUGAAAGACCUCGAAUCCUUGAUGAGGAGUGAGCUGAGUAAUAAUGUAAAGGUCGUGGACUGAAGCAUGUAACAAAAGAUGAACUUUUAUACAACCACGGUUAAUAGACCUAGAGGUACAACGUUACCCAGCUAGCCAUUCCAAAUUAUCAGGAAUAAAACUCGUCUAUUUCCUUGCAGAUAAACGCGAUGGCUAAUAGAGCUGCUGGCAAAGGUUAUGAAAAUACAGAAUUUUACGAGAAUGUCGAGUUUCAGUUUCUUGGAAUAGAAAAUAUACAUGUGAUGAGACAGAGUCUUCAGAAGUUAGUUUAUGGUAAGUCUUCAUUUUGGUAAAAAUCAACUGCACGAGCGUUGCCCACAUUGUAGAUAUGAGAAAUUUUGUAAUAUGUGGUUGAACGCUGUAACGCUGCAAAGGUCCUUGCAGUUACUCUCCGAACGAAGGGCUGGUCUCGUUAGGUAAGGGCUGAAACGUCAUUAUGGAUUCAUGGAUGAGACAUGGAUGUGAGUUGAACUUCUUGAAAAAGUUGCUAUCAUGAUUAGAUGUUGAUGAAAAUUGUUCUCAAAGAAUUUGAGUCGAAUUAUUCGUAGUAGAGUGCGAAUUUUGGACAUAAUUCGACAUGUCACUCUCCAGUCCAGAGUUGAUCUAAGUCGCAGCUGCUAAAAUACUGUUACGUCAUCCCAUUAUAUUUAUUUGCGCCCUUGCAAACAACGCUUUUAACUUGUUGUUGAUGAUGUAGUAACUCGUGAGUUAUUCCACGCAGUCAUGUGUUUUCUUCCAUACAUGUGGCCUGCUACUCUAGAUCACAUGCUGUACGUUGGCGUAUCGUUAUUUUGAUGUCUCAAAAUUACUAAAACAUUUGUUUGUCUCUUUAUCCAGCGUGUGGUGAACGACAAGGUGGAGAGACAUUUCUAGACAGCGUUGACAGCAGUGCUUGGUUGAAACAUAUAAAGUGUGUUCUCGACACAUCAUAUUUUAUUGCCAAGGUAUAAAAUCUUCUGUACAUGGCUUCUUUCAUGUGUUUUGUACGUACAUAUACAUGUACUUGGAGCAAACAGGUAUUACCCUUGACCCCUAUACAAAAUUGAAAUUUCAUGCUUGGAGGGAUUAGAAGCAUUUCGAAAUUUCACCUUAAAUCCUCUACCAAGUCCCGCAUCUCACCCCCCACCCCCCACCCCCCCCAUCUUUAUAAUAAGCAAUUUUAUUAAAUAAUUUAAUUAAGCUUUUAAUAAGUCUACAUCACAACCAUUUUCCCUCUUUCUAAUAAGCCCUCUCUCUAACAAAUGGCCCCUUUCUAAUAAAGCCCUAUGAAACGACCUGUCCCGUUACGCUUAAUUGUAACGUACAGUACUUCUGCACUGACUGUUCUAAAGUACAAAGUGAUUACUGUGAUUUCAGGCCGUGUAUGACGAGAGAAAGAGUGUGUUGGUUCACUGUAGUGACGGCUGGGAUAGAACUGCACAGACCUGUUCUAUUGCGGGUAUCUUAUUAGAUCCUUUCUUCAGGACUAUCCAUGGCUUUCAGGUAUUCAUUGAUUGUCCAGGCGAUACAACAUGCUAACUCCUAGUCUCACUUCACAAACAUGACAAAGUUAGAUCGUUAAUGAAGGUGACUGUCGGAAGGUCCAUUAAUAAAAAUACUUAUUUCGUGAUAUGUACAUAUCAAUUAUACAAUAUUAAUACACAAUAUGAAUUAAUUUAGUAUACUACAUAAUUUGCUGUAAAACGUAAUCAGGCAAGGCAUGUUCAUGCCCGUUGCCACUCACAUUUGGAUAACUCACAUUCCUGUAGUUAUUAUUACUGUUCUGAUAAUGUAAGCAUAGAUCUUACAACAUGCAAAUUAAUUUUAGAUAGGCAGCAACAUUAAAUAUAAGUUUCUUGUUCCUUUUCCAUAAAACAAGUAAACUAUUUUCAACAUUAAAUACGCUGUCUCACAUUGCCAAAUCUCAUGUUAGGUUCUCAUUGAGAAAGAAUGGCUGUCUUUUGGACACAAGUUUGUUGACAGGUACAAUUAAUAUAAUUCUAAAUUUUGGACAUCUAGUCGGGCAGAUAUAGAAGGAAAAAACUUACGUUAUCGUGGGACAAUUCCAUUUUGCCUUCAUAUUGUGCCCUGAAGGCUAGUUAGUACGUUUCUGUAUGUUGGCCGCGUUAAAAUUUCUUGUGGGCUCCUGCCGACACGUUUUUCUUCGAAUGUUGUAUUAAACUCUAUUACAGUUCAAAUACAUGUCUAACACAAAUGACUUACAUCAUUUGAAAGCUUGCAAAAAACUACAUAUAAGAUAUUUAAACGGUUUCCUGGGUUUUUCAAGUUCUUCUUGAGUUAUGAGCUGUUGAAUGCGUGUUUUCAGACUAGUACCCAGGAAUUUUGCGAGAUUUUGGCUGAUUUGUCACAUUUGAAACGGCAAUAACUCGAAAACCGCUUGAACAUCCCAACUAACCAUUUAAAUGUUUCAUAUGUAGUUUUUUGUUAGCUUUCUAUUGAUGCAAGUCAUUUGUAUUAGAAAUGUAUCAGAAAUUUCACAUUUUUUAACUGUAAUAGAAUUUAAUACAAAAUUCGAGGAAAAACGUGUCGGCAGGAGCCCACAAGAAAUUUUAACGCGGCCAACAUACAGAAACGUACUUAUUAGCCUUCAGGGCACAAUAUGAAGGCAAAAUGAAAUUGCCCCACGAUAUGGUAAGUUUUCCAUAAUUUUGGUCCUCUAUCUGCCUGACAUCUUGCUGAAUAGAACAAUGUUAAUUAAAAAGUUUUUUUUCGUAGAUGAAAUGAGCGAAACCUUUUCGACAGAAGUUGCGAGAAUACAACUACAGUAUAAGCCCUCCAGCAGGAAUCCAACCUGCAGCCCAGCGAUUCCGGGGCAGUCAUCCUGGCACAUACGUAAAAACGCACAAGUUGUAUAACAAACCUGCAGCAGACUUGUAGCAAUGCUGUUCCAACAACAUGUGUUUGCACUGCUUGUUCCCAGCUUGUUAACAACUUGCUACAAGAUUGUUGAGCUCAACAGACUUGGUACAAGUUGUUCCAUGAACAACUUGUUAUCGUCCUGCAAUUCAACAAUUUGUCAACAAGUUCUGAGUGACAACCUUGUAGCAACUUGAUAGAAUAACAGCAUGUUACAACUUAUUGAACUGAGUCACAGAAAGCAUUUGGCGAACUCUCUGAAGAGAAGAAUGAAUCAUUGUAUUUUCCUUUCAGAUGUGGAUAUCUGCGGAGUGAUGGUAAAGAAGUCUCUCCUGUAUUCACGCAGUUCUUGGAUGGUGUCUGGCAAUUACAACAACAAUUUCCUUUUGCAUUUCAAUUUAACGAAAGAUUUUUGCUCACUAUCCAUGACCAUGUACAUUCAUGUCAGGUACAUCG